AUGAAUGAAUGUCUAGAGAAGGAGAAACGGAGAUUUCUCUUCAACAAAUUGACUUGUCGGCGCUGUUCCAGCCGAUCGACAUCCCUCAAUGUCGAAGGAGGAGGCUCGGAUAAGAGGUUUGCUGAGGAUUGGAACGAGGAUUUAGAAAAAAUGAUCAGGUUUUGGGCUCCGGGAGAGUCGGAGAACCCUGAGGAGGACGAGGAUGAGGGUGAGGACGAUUACCAGUGUGUUGUCUACUUCUGGCAGGGCAGGGAGAGCUCCAACAUGGGCUGGCUCACUUUUACCUUCUCCCUUCAGAAGAAGUUUGAAAGUCUCUUUGGAGAAAUACAGGAAGUUGUCAGGAUGCAUAAACAGCAGGAGAAUCUAAAGUUUAUGUCUCACUUCAACAAUGGACUUCUCAUCAAACAGGGAUGUAGAAAGGAGGUGCGCGGGCCCGGCUGGAAACCCGAAUCUGAGUUUUAUCAGCUGAGAUCUAAUGGAUCAAGUUUAUACAGACGCUGCAUCCAGCUGAAAACGGACUCCUCUCUGCUUAACUCCUUUUUCUCGUAUAUUCUGAAGGUUCCCUUCGAUGCCGAGGAUAAGAGUGGGAUUGUUUACGUGUGGAUAGGAAGUAAAUGUGAUCCUGAUGAAGCCUUGAUAGCUGAAGAUAUUGCAAACAAUCUCUAUGAUCAGGAACACCUCUCUCUACAGGUGUUAAAUGAGGGUGAGGAGCCUGAUAACUAUUUCUUGGCCGGGCUGGGGGAUAAGAAGAGCUACGAGACCGAGGCAGAGUUCCUGAACUACUCCAGGCUCUUCCGCUGCUACAACGACAAGGGGUUCUUUACCGUGACGGAGAAGUGCUCCGACUUUUGUUAGGAUGAUCUGGCAGAUGAUAUUAUGAUCUUGGGUUCAGGCGAACAGGUUUUCAUGUGGAUGGGUCCUAGGUGUAGCGAGGUGCUUCGCCUCCUGGUCAGUUUGUUGUUGAUUGUGAAGUGUACAACAGUUUACCACACCUAGGACAGAACAAGAACCUCUAUAUUCUUCAUAACAGUGAGUACCCUGCCACUGUGUUCUCCGUGAUCGAGUCCCAGAAUAAGACCGUGAGCAUCACCACCGACUCACUCUUCGACCUGCUCAUGCUUAAACUCAGUACAGGGAACCAGUACUACUCGAAGAAGAUUAAAAUUGAAUCAAAAGGAUCUAGGGCAGGGUCUGGAAGAUACCCUGCUCCCUGUUGCCUGGAGAUUUGUCAAUGAUUCCUUUAGAACUGAUGUUUGUCUUCUCUAUCCUCUCUCUUGCCUGUCAACAUAUGGCAUCAGUACUACACGGAAAAGAUCUUCGCUCCUGGUUUAGUGAGCUUAGUGUGGAUAUUGAUAAAAAACAAGAGAUCACCAAGUUAUUCAUUCAUUCAUUCAUUAUCAUUUAUUAACUCAUUUAUUAAUUCAUUCAUUUAUCCAUCCUCUCAUUCACCUAUUCACCCUUUAACUCAUUCAUCCAUUAACUCAUUCAUCCAUUAAGUCAUUAAUCCUUUCCCUCAUAAAUUCACUUAUUCAUUCUUUCAUUCAUAUAUUCAUU